UGAAUGACGGGAGGUCGGUUCGACUUUGACGAUGGUGGCACCUACUGCGGAGGCUGGGAGGAAGGCAAAGCCCACGGCCAGGGUGUGUGCACCGGUCCCAAGGGCCAGGGCGAGUACUCGGGCUCGUGGUCCAACGGCUUCGAGGUGGUCGGGGUCUACACCUGGCCCAGCGGGAACGUCUACCAGGGCUACUGGGCGCAAGGGAAACGCCACGGACUCGGCGUAGAAACCAAGGGAAGGUGGAUAUACCGGGGAGAGUGGACUCACGGGUUCAAGGGCCGGUACGGAGUCCGGCAGAGCCUGAACACACCGGCCAGGUACGAGGGCACCUGGAGUAACGGACUGCAGGACGGAUAUGGCGUGGAGACGUACGGUGAUGGAGGUACGUACCAGGGUCAGUGGACCGGUGGGAUGCGUCAUGGCUAUGGCGUGCGUCAAAGUGUUCCAUACGGCAUGGCCUCUGUCAUUCGCUCCCCUCUCCGAACCUCGCUGUCUUCCCUCCGCAGUGAGCAGAGUAACGGUACGGUACUGCGAGACAGCCUGUCAGACAGCCCUGCCGGUACACGCGGCGGCUUUGUACUCAACUUCCACUCAGACGGAGAAGGUUCCGAGAAGAAGAAGGGUCUUUUCCGCCGUGGCUCCCUCUUCGGGAGUCUCCAGCGUUUGCGCAAGUCAGACUCGCGCUCGUCGAUUUCGAGUAAGCGCAGCUCAGCACACAGUGACACCAACAUGAGCCGCAUCAGUUCAAGCGACGCCAACUCCACCAUCAGCUUUGGAGACGGAGACCUCGGCGAUGACUACCUGCCUCUGGAGGACAACGUGGACGCCACCACCACUGAGUCCUACAUGGGCGAGUGGAAGAAUGACAAGCGCAGCGGCUUUGGUGUCUCGGAGCGCUCCAACGGCAUGAAGUACGAAGGCGAGUGGCUGAACAAUAAGCGCCAUGGCUACGGCUGCACCAUCUUUCCCGAAGGCACCAAGGAAGAGGGGAAGUACAAGAACAACGUUCUGUCCCGGGGCAUCAGGAAGCAGCUGAUCCCGCUGAGGAACAACAAGACCAAACAGAAGGUGGACCGAGCCAUCGAGGGAGCAGUGAGGGCAGCAGCUAUUGCCAGAACCAAAGUAGAGAUCGCCAUCUCCAGGACUUCCCAUGCCCGGGCCAAAGCAGAAGCUGCAGACCAGGCGGCCCGGUCAGCCAGUCAGAACUCUGACAUUGCUAGAGCUGUGGCCAGAGAGCUCUCUCCGGGCUUCCACCAGCCAGGCCCGGACUACAUACGGCAGAAGUAUAAUGAGCCUUUAGAGGUGAAGGAGGUUCCUAUCGAGGAGAAAAAGGAGAAAUCUCCAUCAAGGAGCCCUCAUUUCUACCGGAAAGGCACAACACCCGACCAGUCUCCAUCUCCCAGCCCCACUGCUUCACCCACUGUUGUUAAGAAUACCUUGUUUAGCAGUAAAACUCACGCCGCCGUCGCUCCAGCGAAGCUGGCUGGGAAAGAGAACAAAACCCCGGCAGCUGAGUCUUUGACAGCAGGCAUAACAAAAGCAGCAUCACAACUUUCUCUCAGACAAGAAGUGAGGCUACAAGAGGCUUCUCCAGCGGUCAAACCAGCUGUUCACACGACAGUCAGCAGUUACCCCAGCAAUGGGCAGAUUCACUCCCAGUACCACGGUUACUAUGUCAAGGCAGAUGUCAAGAUUCCGCCACCCGAGGAUCCGAUUGGUGUGGAGGAUGACCUUCACCCAUCAAGCCUGGCGCGUUUGCCGCCACCUGCCAAACAGAUUUGGGCGCCCGCACCAAAGUCCCUGCCCGCCGCCAGCCCUUCAGCAGCUCCACUAAAAGAGGCCACCAAAGCGCCAGAGCCUCCCAAGCCAAAAAGACAGGAAUCAACCAAACCAAGGAGCCUCGCAGAUACUAAAAAAGCUAGUAUGGAAAUAGCUUCUGAGAUUUUAGAGGAGGAGUCGGGCCCGAACUCUAUCUUGGUGGCUCUAGUGAUGCUCUUGAACGUAGGUCUAGCAAUCAUUUUUGUCCAUUUCCUCACCUGACCAAGUCUGAACUCAGUGGACUCAUCCAAACUAAUCGCCCAAGCCACUAACUUUCCAUCAGCCAAAGGGGCCUUUUAGGAAAAUGGUGCCCCUCAGAAUG